GGGCGCCCUAGGCAAUGGGCAGGCGGGCUGAGGCGUGUAAGCCUGGUAUAUAAAGUAAAGCAGGGGCCAGAUGGAGGUGAGGAUGACUCCAGUUGCGCAGGCAUCUCAGAAGUGAGGCCAGCAGCACAGAUUGAGGGUGGUCCCAGAGUGGAAGGGUACCCAGAGAGGGAACCCCACAGGGAGGCCUGAGGCUGGUGAGGGGACACCCCCCAUGAAGGACGCCUCUCCCUGGUGGUCGCCAGAGCCAUGCUGUCCCGCAAGGGCAUCAUCCCUGAGGAGUAUGUGCUGACCCGGCUGGCAGAGGACCCUGCGGAGCCCCGGUACCGUGCCCGUGAGAGAAGGGCCCGCUUCGUGUCCAAGAAAGGCAACUGCAACGUAGCCCACAAAAACAUCCGGGAGCAGGGCCGCUUCCUGCAGGAUGUGUUCACCACGCUAGUGGACCUCAAGUGGCCGCACACGCUGCUCAUCUUCACUAUGUCCUUCCUGUGCAGCUGGCUGCUCUUUGCCAUGGUCUGGUGGCUCAUCGCCUUCGCCCACGGUGACCUGGCUCCUGGUGACCUGACCCCUGGAGAGGGUGCCAUUGUGCCCUGCGUCACCAGCAUCCACUCUUUUUCAUCUGCCUUCCUUUUCUCCAUUGAGGUCCAAGUGACCAUUGGCUUUGGCGGGCGCAUGGUGACGGAGGAGUGCCCGCUGGCCAUCCUGAUCCUCAUCGUGCAGAACAUCGUGGGGCUCAUGAUCAACGCCAUCAUGCUGGGCUGCAUCUUCAUGAAGACCGCCCAGGCCCACCGGCGGGCCGAGACCCUCAUCUUCAGCAAGCACGCGGUCAUUGCCUUGCGCCAAGGCCGCCUCUGCUUCAUGCUGCGCGUCGGUGACCUCCGCAAGAGCAUGAUCAUCAGUGCCACCAUCCACAUGCAGGUGGUGCGCAAGACCACCAGCCCUGAGGGCGAGGUGGUGCCCCUGCACCAGGUGGACAUCCCUAUGGAGAAUGGCGUGGGUGGGAACAGCAUCUUCCUGGUGGCUCCCCUCAUCAUCUACCACAUCAUUGAUGCCAACAGCCCACUCUACGACCUGGGGCCCAGUGACCUGCACCACCAUCAGGACCUGGAGAUCAUUGUCAUCCUGGAAGGUGUGGUGGAAACCACGGGCAUCACCACCCAAGCCCGCACCUCCUACCUGGCCGAUGAGAUCCUGUGGGGUCAGCGCUUUGUACCCAUUGUGUCCGAGGAGGAUGGCCGCUACGCUGUGGACUACUCCAAGUUUGGCAACACCAUCAAAGUUCCUACACCACUCUGCACGGCCCGCCAGCUUGAUGAGGACCGCAGCCUACUGGAUGCCCUAACCCUCGCCUCAGCCCGUGGUCCACUGCGUAAGCGCAGCGUGGCCAUGGCCAAGGCCAAGCCCAGGUUUAGCAUCUCUCCGGAUUCCCUGUCCUGAGCCAUGGUCCCUUGGGCUCCCACCCCACAUGUGUGCACAUGGGCAGUGUGGUAUGGUACGUAGAGUGGACAUGGUGUGGGCCUCUUGGCCAGGCCAGGACCUGGUCUGAGGUUGGGCCCUCCCCAGCUCAGCGUCGCCGCUGCUACUUGCCCAGGGUGUUACAAGGCAUUGUCACUACCUAUUUCUGGGGAGCCUGUACUGAGUUAUUUUUGUCCCUGCUCUUCCCGGCACCAACUCAGAACUGGUUGGCUCCCCCUCCCUGGACUCAACGCUGGGGAAACUGUGGGAAGUGUCGGUCCCUAAAGCUGUGUCUCCAGUUACUCCUGGAGCCCCAUGAUCAGUCAGCCACAGCUGAGCAGAUGGCUGGGGAAGAACAGCCCUCAGGUUGAGGGACUGCUGCUGUGUUUCUAUGGCCCCAAGAGAUGUCCUUGGGCCCUGAAAACAUGAUGAGCUAAAGAGUGGGCAGGGCC